CACAUGGCGGGGGUCUUUGCCAUUACGGGCGUCUCUGCAGCCCGCCACGACUCGCUCGCUCUUUAUGCUUGUAUUCGUCUCGUUUUCGUCGUAGCGUGCGUAUGUGCGUGCAGUGCAAGUUCCAACUCGCGAUCUGUCAUUGACGAUCGUCUGGAGAACCUUUCAUUUUCAAUAGGAUGGGAUGACAAGUACGAAUAUUUACAUGUUUUGCGUGUGUUUGUGCGUGUAUUGUUUCUGCAAAAAAAGUGAAGUUUUAAAUAGGAAUUUCUUACAAAGUGUUAAAUCUAACGUGGAGUUACGUGUGUACGUCGAGAAAUCAACACAAUUCAACGAUAUCCAAUGAGGUAGAGCCGAAAGCUUCAGAAGCAUGGCGACCUGUCGGCCUCAUAAACAGCAGCUUUUGCACCAGCAUCAUCUUCUUGCAGAACCGCGACUUCAUAUGGAUACUAGUCUCACUGCCUUACAGCAGCAACAGCAAACGCCUCAGCAAUCACAAUUUUCGCCGCAAACUCUUAACUGGUUCUAUCUCGCUAUCACUGACCGCAACCAAGCCGACCAGAGUAAAUUGUUGCCGGGAAUAUGGGGAAAUUAUGGGAAUUCACAGAACAGUUAUCAGUCGUAUUUACGAGGCAGUGCGAUGAGUCCUUCGGGACCAUGUCAAUAUGACAGCAGUUUGGCUGACAGCAUCGGCGAUCUCACUGAGCAUUUUACUGAACUUUGUAUGCUCGACAAAAAGCCAAUUAAGAGGCCACCUACAGGUUACAUGUGUCAUCUUUGCUUCAGGAGUGGACAUUACAUUAGAGACUGCCCAAAAAAAUUGUUCCAGGCACGUCCUAAAGGAGAAGGUCAGACGCCGUAUCAGGGUAAAAAGCGUUGCUUCGGCGAGUACAAGUGUCCCAAGUGCAAGAGGAAGUGGAUGUCUGGCAAUAGCUGGGCCAACAUGGGCCAAGAAUGCAUCAAAUGCCAUAUUAACGUUUAUCCUCACAAACAGAGACCUUUAGAAAAGCCCGAUGGAUUGGAUGUAAGCGAUCAAAGCAAAGUUCACCCGCAGCAUCUCUGCGAAAAAUGCAAAACACUUGGCUACUACUGCAGACGUGUUCAGUGAAAUAUACAUUUGAAUAGAACUACUUACUUAUGAAUAAUGUUACUAAUAUUUUUAAAAGCUUAUGUUAUUUAAGUUUUAAUUAUAUCUGUUGACUGACAUUUUUGAGAUAAAGAGCGAUCUGGUAACAAUGUCAAAAUUAAGAAUUAUGUAAGUUGUCAAUUGUUUAACUCAUUUUUUUUUUAAUCAUGAAUAGUUAUGCAACUGUUACAAAAGUCAAUUCGAGAUUAAGCUUGUGACGCGAGCAAAUAAGUUGCAAAUUUUUAAUUGGAUCAAAAAUAUUUGGACCUCACGUAUUAUUUUUUAUUUUUACAACUGGUGCAUCUCGUUUUUAGCUCUCUUUUUAUAUAUCUUACUCGUUCAAAGUGCCAAAGCGUCAGUUUCUUUGGCGUAGUUUGUAAGUGACGAAGGAAAAAAUGAUUUUGUCUUGCAUCGUUCUAUAAAAUGUAACGAAAAUAAGUAUAUGCUUCUAACGAUGAUCUGUAUAAAUUUUUGUUCAUUAAUGUUCUGUGUACAUAAUGUGUACUCGUUGACUUGUCAAUGCUCGUUAGAUCUAUGCAGUGCCAUACUAGAAAUACAUUUUUAAUAUAACUUUUUUAGUUGUGUUUUAGUUAAAAAGUUGCGUGUAUUACCUGAAGAUAAUGAUGUAAUUUUGUACAAAAUAUAUAAUUAUGUAAAUUCUUAAAGAAAGAAUUGUAGAUUGUUUAAAACAGUUGAGUUGUAUUUUUUACAGGCUGAGAACUGUGUUUUAAAAUUUGUAGUUCACGUUUGUCAUUUUAUACAGAGUUAUGUAUUUUAAAAAUUAAAAGUGAGAUGACUAAUAAAUAAAUGUUACGAAUUUGAAUAUUCGUAGAUAUCAUUUUUAUACUUUUUCACAGUGUAGUUGAAUUUGACUGUUAUCUUCAGUUUAUUAUCUUAUUAAACAAAAUUAACUUUUUUUAUCACUUUGAUGGUGGGUAUCACAUUUUUUUAACAAGUUUUGUAAAUAUCCUGCGAAAGUAGUUUUCUUUUUUUAAUACUAAAAUUUAAAAUAUACAUUCAAACUGUACUUACGAAUAUAUAUGUAAAAUAUAUGACGAAGUAGAGAUACGUUGAAUAAUAAUUACUUAAAUUAUCCAAAAACAGCGAAAUAAACUUUAUAUUAAAAUAGACAAUCGUUGCUAACAGAUCGUCAGAUAAGGGUUCGAAUAUAAUUUAAUAAAGUAUAAAAAUAAUGAAUUCACAUUCAUAUAAAUAACUUAUUAACAAAUGAACAAACAAAUAUAAACUAUAUAAAUAUAAAAUAUAAACAAUGAAGACUCUUAACUAUUUGUGGGCCGAAGUGUGUCAGAUUAAAGCUAUAAUAUCCAGAUAUGAAUUUGUGAAUAGAUAUAAUCACUAAUUGUCAGUGUAUGUUUUGAAAUAUGUAUUUCAAUGGAAUUUAAUUGAGUUUCGAAAUAUGUAUUUAAUUGAAUUUUAUUUCAUUGUAAACAAUACCGUAUAUGACGAAAACUUUUUAAAAUAAAGAAAGGUCUGCAUGUGACAAUAACAAAUAGUUAUAAUAUAUGUACAUUUUCUAUAUUUAACAUACGAUGUUGUUAUUCACUAUUUGAUGAUAUAGUAAUUUCUAGAAAGCCUGAGAAACAUUUUUUAGCGGUAACGCUCACGAAAAGACAGUUUACGUUGAUAGCAAUGGUACGCAUGUAUGUAUGCGUGACAAUACUGAAAACGAAAUGUAUUAGCGGUUGUAGUACUUUUGGUUUUUAGUCAUAUACAAACCAGGUAUCGCAGCAUCCAUACCGAUUAUUUAGAAUGACGAAUACAAUAAUUGAUCACAAUUACUGUAAUCGUAUUUUAACAACAUUUAAUACCCGAAUAUAUUACAUAGAAUGUUGAGAAGACGACUGUCAAUCCUGCAUAUUAUAACAAUCAAAAAACACAUCAGAAAUAAGAAAAAAUAGGUUCGAUACGAAUAUAAAAUCCAAUAGAGUCAAAGUAAAAAAUUCAUUCCUGCUACUUUUGCUUCUUUACAAUAUGACGAAUAAUUAUUUUAAGUUUUAUUGUAAGUGUAUCAUUUAUUUAUGAUAAAAUUAUUAAAUAAAAAACAAAACCAGAUUUCAUUUACAUUUCUUUGUUCAAUGUUACACAAAUACAUGCUGA